AGACGUGCCACCUCCAAGUACGUUCUUGUAAAAAUACACACACUGCACCGGCUGCAGUCCGUUCUGACUGCGACACAAACCCUGCCCGGUCAAAUGAUGCUGGACAUAUUGCACCGACACGUCGUCAGGGACAUGGACGGGUUUCCCAGAAUUUCCAACUACUAUUCGGCGUCAAAUGCGGACGGUGUGGCGAGCCUUUGGGAGCCAGAGAGCUCGUGAUGCGCGCUGGACCUAGUCACGUCUAUCACGUGGGGUGUUUCGCGUGUGUGGCUUGCAUGCAACCGUUACAGAAAGGCCAGCAGUACGUGGUCAAAGCCGGUGGUGGACAACUGUUCUGCCGCACAGACUUCGAAAAAGAAAUAUUUCUCAUGCAACAAACCGUUGGAAGUCCACAACCUGACGACAGUCUAACUCUGGACGAAAAUUGUAGACCUCGAGACGGUCGCCGUGGACCGAAAAGACCCAGAACCAUAUUGACUUCAGUWCAACGGCGGCAGUUCAAAGCCUCAUUCGAAGUCAGUCCAAAACCUUGUAGAAAGGUACGAGAAGCGCUGGCUAAAGACACGGGAUUAAGUGUACGAGUAGUGCAAGUGUGGUUUCAAAACCAAAGAGCCAAAAUGAAGAAAAUCCAAAGAAAGAGUAAACAGGACGAUAAAAAUACGAAUAAUAAUAACGCGAACAAUACGGAUAAAAAUGAAACUGAGCACGCAACGAAUACCACAUCUAGCGUAUGUUCUGGAGAUCAUUAUUUGAGCUUGAGUACGCUGAGCAUGCACGACAGCAGUGACUCGAACUAUCAGAACAGCCAGCCACUGAACCCCAACAUACCGUACUCGCCCGAAGGUACGUACACCGGCGACCAUUCGGUGGACAGUUUCUGCAGUUCGGACGUGUCCCUGGACGGCAGCACCACGGCGGCGGACGAGAUCGGUUCCGAUACCAUGUCACUAGACCUGUCCGUCCACCACGGCACCCAUAAUCAAAACGUGCACCACCAAAAUCACCAUCACCAUCACCAUCACCAUCACGUCGGUGGUGCAGCGUCCGUGGUGCCGGGCCAGCAGAUCAAUCCAAUCGACAAACUGUAUCUGAUGCAAAACUCUUACUUCAAUAGCAACGACCAUUAAACGAUAUCAUAAUAACAUACACAUCACCCACUCAUGCCUAUAUUAUUAAACCUUAUAUAUUAUUGUUGUUGUAUUUUAUAAUUAUCUCGUACCUAUAUCACACACACCGGCGGUUGCCGUGUUGUUGGUAAUGAUUAUUGGACUUUAACGAUAGGUUAGGGUGUCCUGCUKGUCCCCGCGCUCGUCAUCAUCACUGUUAAAUAUUCAUAUUAUUUCAUCAUAAGAUAUAAUAUUAUGAUKCUUGCCUGACGGCAGACUUUAGUACAUUUUAGUGCCUCCACAACACUCGUAUUAUAUUUUUAUUCUUGUAAAACGCAUAAUGUUUAAAACUUGUCAUAUUAUCUAUAGCUAUACAUAAUAAUAUAUUAUAUUUUUCUGUCUAUUACGCUGUUCUGUASUGCAAGGUAUUACAGAGAAUUAACUUACAAAUAAAAUUGAUGAACUAACUACCAUUAUAAAUUAUUUUGUUCUAAUCAGUGUUUAAAAAUAUAAACU